UCAUGUUCUGCAGAGAAAAUAAAGUUGAAAUUCUCUGCCUACCUGCCCACACCACACACAUUCUACAGCCCCUGGAUAUCGCGGUUUUCAACCCACUGAAAACUGCUUUCUCCACCAUGGCCUCCAGGAUGGGUCUGGUACGAGGGGACAUUGUUGUGGGGAAGAAGCAGUUUUCAGCUCUCCUCAAACAUGUGUAUCCAACUGCUGUCACAGCCCAAAAUGUCAAGGCUGGGUUCCGCAAGGCUGGCAUCGUUCCUCUGUCCAGGGCUGCUGUGGACACAACCCAGGUGGUGAGAGUGCUCCCAUCUGCAGAUGGAAGUGACACCACACCAUCCAUCGCUCCCGCCACUCCAUCAGACACACCAUCUAUCACUCCCACCACUCAAUCCAGCACUCAACCUACUGACACAUCAUCCAUCACUCAAACACCUUGCCCCACCUGCAACAUUAAUAAAGUGGCCCACAAAAAUUAUCUGGUAACAGCAGGUGUAAUUCCAGAGAGUCUGGCUAACAUCCUCAUAAGUCCAGCCCUGGAGAGGAAGGAGAAGGUGAGGCGUCGCAUUCUGUUGCCAGCCCGUGUCAUCACCAGCGACGAGUACUUCGACCUGCUGGUAGAAAAAGAAACUGAGGAGAAAGAGAAGGAAGAAAAGAAGAGAAAGCGCAAGGAAGAGAUGGCAAAGAAGGACGAGGAAAAAAGACAAGCCCAGGAGGCCAAAAGGCAAAAGAAGCAGGCACCUCCUCCGACUGAAGAUGGAGAACACUGCGCUCUCUGCCGUAGAGUGGUCCCACCUGGCUCAGCAGAUGAGGCCAUUGAUGAAUGGGUCCAGUGUGACCUGUGCCAUUUGUGGUUCCACCUGGAAUGCGCAGAGGUGGAGGAAGUGCCAGACACCGACUGGCUUUGCCAUAAAUGUUGUCUGUCCACAUAAACACACACACACACACACACACAAUGUAAAUAGUGCACACAGAAAAUGAACAUGUUAACUUCUAGUUAUGGUAUUUUUUUUAAUCAGUUUAGUGUUGAAUGUAAAUAGUUGUAAACACACACACACAGACGCAUCCUGAUCAUUUAUGUUUUUAAAUCACAUUGGUUAAUCAUUAAAUAUUUAGAAUCAGUUCAAAUUGUUUGCUCUUCUUUGUCUUCACUAAUGUUUCACAUGGUUCAUCCUUAACCCACAUGCCAUAAUCAAUAUCACGACACAAUAAGGCCUAGCUCACAUGGUCCUCUAGCUUAUUAAAGUAAUUUAAAGUAAAUUUUAAACAAAUAAAAAGGUACUCACCCUUCUUAUUCGUUGAAAUGUUGUUUUCUUCAGUUAAAAUAAAUAAAUAGCUCUCAGUUGACCCGUUAAAUGUCCAUUUUCGUCAUUGAAAUCAAAGUAUGCGCUCUGUACGGAACAUCAUUAUAGCCUGUACGGAACACCGUUAACGCUUAUCAUCUUCCGUACACGUGCGGAGGAGGUACUUUUCCCCACUUUUCUCAAAAACUAUUGGUCCAAAAGACAUCAAUCAAAGUGUGGACUGUGCAAUGGGUAUUCCCCCAGAGAAUGAUCACACAAACAUGCUUGUCUGGCUUACAACAGCGGAGGAGUGGUCGAUGGCGUGCGGUGAAGGGCGAAAAGUGUACGGAACAUGGUUAGUCUACAUUAAAUGAAGGCGGUACAGAUUGAAGGCUGUUUAAAUGUUACAUGAUCUUUCCCAAUCAUUCUAAUACGCAAAUGUUUUCAUAACAACAUGAGCCGCUUAAAAUGAUUAAAGUUAUCAACGUUACUGAUAUUCAAAAUGGUAAGCAAGCGCUGAUUUGUUAACGUUUCGAAUAUCUGCGUUUAUCUCGUAUAUAUCUUUGUUUUGGUUUCUCCUUUCCAGUGACAAAUAUAUACUAUUGAUAGCUGCUGAUAUAGAGCGAGAAGCGAUUAGCUUCUCCCAACAGGCAAUCGGACGGUCGGAAGAAUUUCUGACAUGUCCGAAAUUUUGGUCCCUCCUCGUGAGGCUAUCGCACAAUUGAAGCAAAGCUAUAAACCGACUGCCCUAAAUGCAGUGCUUUUUCCAUCACUGCGCCUGCUCGGAAACAGUAUGCUUUAGACAUUUAAAUACACAUACGUACUAGUAAAACAAUACAUUUAGAGUUCGUAAAAUACACUCAGAUGUUUAUGGAAGCAGCAAUAACAAUCCAUUCAAAUAUAAUUUUCAGACGUGUUUUAUUAAUAUCAAAUAGACAUAGUGUAAGUAACUAGAAAGUUCACUCUAUUC